GCGGCCGCCCGCCGCCCCUCUGAGCCCGGCUCGGGGGCAGCCGGGCACCCCAGAGCCGACCCCCGCCCGCCGCGCCCUCCGCCGCACUUGUACCACUGCGCGCCCCCUGGAGCGCCGCGCACCCCUGGGACUCUUGCGCGCCCUGGGUAACCAGCAUAACCUGAGAUUGGGAUCUCAGGGCUACCCCUGGAGCCCAGCGUACCCCAGGACCCUGACGCGGCUCCCGGACCUCACAAGCCCCAAGAAUCCUGCGUCCUCACAGAAUCCAGGGGCUCGGCCAACCGGGCUGCGCGCCCUGGUGAGGGGCCCCGCCCCAGAGGAUUCCCCCUCUUCCAACAGACAGAGCCCCGCCCCAGAGGGACCCCCAGGUCCGACAGGGACAUCCAGCCACGCCCCAGAGGGCUCCCGGCAUCUCGCGCCUGGAGCCCGGUGCUCCAGAAGAUCCUCGGUGCCCAACUGGGGGCUCCCCGCCCUGCUGAAGGGGCGCUGCCCAAGAGGGUUCUCCGCGUCCCGCGGGCCGGGGCAGGAUGCACACCGCCCUGGCGGGGCCGCUGCUCGCAGCCCUUCUCGCCACCGCCCGCGCCCGCCCGCAACCCCCAGAUGGAGGACAGUGCCGGCCGCCUGGAUCGCAGAGGGACCUGAACUCCUUCCUGUGGACUAUUCGGCGCCAUCCCCCAGCCUACUUGUUUGGCACCAUCCAUGUCCCCUACACCCGUGUCUGGGAUUUCAUCCCUGACAACUCCAAGGCAGCCUUUCAAGCCAGCACCAGAGUCUACUUUGAGCUGGACCUCACAGACCCCUAUACCAUCUCCGCACUGGCCAGCUGCCAGCUACUGCCCCACGGGGAGAACUUGCAGGACGUGCUGCCACGGGAGCUCUACUGGCGCCUGAAGCGCCAUCUUGACUACGUGAAGCUGAUGAUGCCCUUGUGGAUGACACCAGCGCAGCGUGGCAAGGGGCUGUAUGCUGACUACCUAUUCAAUGCCAUUGCGGGCAACUGGGAGCGGAAGAGGCCGGUCUGGGUGAUGCUCAUGGUGAAUUCACUCACAGAGACAGAUGUGCGCUCCCGGGGUGUGCCUGUUCUGGACCUCUACCUGGCCCAGCAGGCCGAGAAGAUGAAGAAGAGCACUGGGGCAGUAGAGCGGGUUGAGGAGCAGUGUCACCCCCUCAAUGGGCUCAACUUCUCCCAGGUGCUGUUUGCCCUGAACCAGACCCUGCUGCAGCACGAGAGCGUGCGGGCUGGGAGCCUGCAGGCACCCUACACCACGGAGGACCUCAUCAAACACUACAACUGCGGGGACCUCAACACCGUCAUCUUCAACCAUGACACGUCCCAGCUACCCAACUUCAUCAACACCACUCUCCCGCCUCAUGAGCAGGUGACAGCUCAAGAGAUCGACAGCUACUUCCGACAGGAGCUCAUCUACAAGAGGAAUGAGCGCAUGGGCAGGAGGGUUAUGGCGUUGCUGCAAGAGAACCAGGACAAGAUCUGUUUCUUUGCCUUUGGAGCAGGUCACUUUCUGGGGAACAACACAGUCAUUGAUGUCCUACGGCAAGCAGGGCUGGAGGUAGACCACACACCUGCUGGGCAGGCCAUUCACAGUCCUGCUGCUGGGAGCCUAGCACCCCCUCCUGAAAGGACCUCUGCCAGCCCAGACCCAGUGACCCCAGGUGCUGCAGUUCCUGAAGUACCCUCAGUGACCCCCACCGCUCCUCCUGAGGAAGAAGAUGCAGCCCUGUCCCCACAUCUCCUGCUCCCUGACAGCCUCAGCCAGCUGGAGGAGUUCGGAAGGCAAAAGAAGUGGCACAAGAAACAAAACAAACAGCAGCGGCCGAGGCAGUUCAACGACCUCUGGGUCCGAAUUGAGGACAGCACCACCAUCUCGCCACCCCCCCUGCCUCUCCAGCCUACCCCCAGCUCUGGGACCACCAAGCCCUUUUUCCGGUCCUCGAACCAGCUCCAACAGCAGGAACCCCUGGGGCCUGCCAGCAACUCUCCGCCUACCCUGGGCUUCCUGCCUGCCUUUACUGCCACCAUGGCCGCCCACUUCCUGCUACACACGUUCGGGCCCUCCUGACCUCGACCACCCCAGUGAAGAAGUCAGAGAACCACAGAAGAUUCUGUGGUCACACCCACCACCUGACACCACCUCAGGGGGUGCUGACACCUCGAGGUAGUCCACACAGGACGAGAACCUUAAAACACUAGAGACUUAUUGUACCCAAGUUACAUCUUCUUUUUUGUAGAAGGUCUUAAUUUCCCAUAGUGCUAUGGGGCUCUUUUGUAAAAUAUGUGUCCAUAUUAAAAGAGAAAAGUGUAUUUAUUCUACUGAUAAAACUAUUUUUAUGUGGCCUAUGUUAUAGUCCCUGGAUUAGCCACCACACCAACACAGGAGAAGAAUGACCUCUGUGAGCUGUGUGGCCUAUGGCUUUGAAUUGGCCUCUCUUGGGCACAGAGCCUCCUGGUCAGACUUGGCUUCUCCCGCUGCAGGUACUUCCAAGGGCAGGCAGAAAGUAGGCCUAGCUUUUGAGGAGCUGGUCUCAGAUCCAGAGGCAUAGUUGCAGAUCAUACUUCCCUUCCCUGGAUGUAUCCAGGCACUGGGGGACAGUUUAGGAAAAAGAUUGCUGCUAAUUAUGAAGCCCUGAGCACCUGCGGACUGGCCCUCCAGAGUUCUGGGUGUCUCCAUGCAAGAUUGGAGACUGGUGCUAAGGAACAUGAGCCCAGUUCUGUGGCCAGAUGACUACACUGAGACCCAAAGAUGGAGUGGGGCUACCCAAGGUCACAAAGAAAGUCUGGCCUCUGUCCCGGUGGUUUUAGUCCAGCUUGGGUCCCAGAGGGGCUGGUGAAAUCACACCUAAGUGGAAUGACCUGGGAAGAAGGACAGGAGUGGAUAUAGGGCAGUUUUAGGGACAGGGACUCAAAGUAUGAUAAAGUACGAUAAAGUAUGAUAAAGCCACCAAGUAUGAUAAAGACAGUGGUAAAGAAAACCUCUUAUCUGAAGGGCUGCAGGGUGGGCUCUUUGCACGUUCACUUUUUCCCAGUGCUGUGAGAUGUGAUGACCCCCAUUUCAAUGCUGAGGAAACUGAACCCACAAAAGAGAGGAAGGGUUGUGCCCUAGGUCAGCAGCCCUAGAUUGCUAUAAUAUAAAAACAGUCCUUGUCACAUGUCCUGUGUUCUGCCCGCAUUCUUUCUGCCCAGAGAAGCUCCAGGGACUACAAAUCUCACCCAGACUGAGACCCACCUAGGCUUCCCAUGCCAAGCAAAGAGACCAUUUUAUCAUCUCACUGAUGGUUCCUGCGGCCAAGAAAUUCUGUUAAGAAGGGCAGCCAAUAUGGACAGGCAGGCAGUUGAGACUCAGAAAGACCUGGCUGAGGACAUAGAGGGCCCCUGGAGGCUGACUCCUAGCUCUAAGUCCUCAGCUGGACUCAACUAAUUACAUAUGGAAUCCUAGAUCCCUCACCUGUCAACAGUAAGAGUAAUACUAAGCACAUUAGUACUAAGAGUAAUACUAAGGCUCAGAGGAGGAGACAUUUCUCCAAGGUGGCGCAGCUGGGCACACUGAUUCUAGCCUAUUCUGCUGCCUCACUGCGUAUGGUUUACCCUAGCAGGCUUGAUGGUUCCUGGUUGGCUGCAGGGUGAUCAUGCCCAGCUUGGCAGCCGUUCCCUUCUGAGAUGUUAGGAUUCUGGGCUACUCAUUGGAUACUCAGGGGUCCCAUGGGCAUCCUGGCAGGCAGCAGAAUUUUUUCUAGCUCUGCCUGACCCAGUGGAUGGGUUUAAGCCUGAGACUUGGCAGAAUCCUAGCGGUCUGCUUCACAGAGUCCCACCAGUCUCAUGGGCACCAUGCUGUAAACUGAACUUGACCUCAGCCAAGGCUGGAGUCAGUUUAUCCUUGGCAAAAAAUGUGACUUCCUAUUGCUGAGCAGGAAGGGGCUUAGGUUUUAAAGCAGGCUCAGAAGUUAGACAUCAAACAGAUCGUGCAGAGCGCUAUUGGGAUGAGAUAAGUGUAAAGGAAUUGGAAACACACAGGCCAGAUUCCCCUAUUGGGGGCAGAGUAUGGCAUGAGAUGUAUGGAGAUCAAGCUUGAGGUUAAUUAAAGAUGAAGCAUUUGGGGAAACAGUCCAGGUACAGGACUAUGUGCCCAGACCUGUGCCAGGCAUGGGGCCAAAAUGGUGAAUUAAUGCAGCAUGUAAUUACUGCAAAAGCACAGUGCCAGGCUGGAGUACAUGGGCUGAAUUGUAUCCUUCUUUUGAGCCCAGAGGACUCCACUCUCAAGAUGGGACAAGCAGGCCCAUCCUGGGCUAUGUUGUUCUGGCCCCAACUUCAGGUCAAUUCAGCCCUUGUCUUUCCAGUUCCCUUCUGGAGGAAGAUUGAAGGGGAGGGAAGUGUUCCAAACUCUUCUUCAACCAUACUUUAAGGUACUUAAAAACAAUGUGCAAGGCUUGGUAGACCAUAUCUGUAAUCACUGCCUUUGGGAGGCUAAGGCAAAAGGAUCACAAGUUUGAGGCCCA